AUGCCCAAAAACGUGAGGACAGCGGCCGGGGAGACAGCGGUGAUGGAGUGCGCGCCUCCCAGAGGUUUCCCGGAACCGGUGAUCACUUGGAAACGAAACGGCGAGAAGAUUAACACCGGCUUUGGACGCGUCCGACUCAACGGCUAUAAUCUCAUGAUCUCUGAGGUCAGACCGGGAGAUGAGGGUCGGUAUCAAUGUAUCGCCGAAAACGUGGUCGGCGUCCGAGAGUCACCGCCGGCUCUACUCAAUGUUCAGGUGAAACCAUUUUUCAUAAGAGGACCCGAAGAUGUGACCACACUGUCCAGCGAACACGUGGAGUUCCACUGCAAAGUAGGCGGUGACCCCACCCCUACCAUAACGUGGCGCAAACAGGGAGGCAAAAUGCCUAUCGGAAGAGCCCAAAUACUCGAAGACAAGGCAUUGAAGAUAAUUCAUGUCACGCCUGCGGAUGAAGGGGUUUACAUCUGUGAAGUGGAGAACCCGGUCGGCACUAUCACGUCCUCCGCAACCCUUACCGUUCAUUCUCGUCCAACAUUUCUGGUUCAGCCAAAGGACAUCCGGGUGCCGGUGAACAGUGUGGCCAAACUCGACUGCGUGGCCACCGGAAACCCUCCGCCCUCUGUCUUUUGGACGCGCGAAGGCAAUCAAGUGCUGAUGUUUGGCGGCAAAACUCACGGCCGCUUCUCCGUCUCAUCGGAGGGCACACUCACCAUAUCGGGCGUACGCAAGGAGGACAAAGGUUACUACGUGUGCUCCGCCCUCUCCAUCGUGGGCUCAUCCAUGGCCAAGGCUUAUCUCACUGUCAGCGCCGUGGCUGAUGUGCCCCCACCUCUCAUCAAAUUAGGUCCGGCCAACCAGACACUGCCUCAGGACACCAUCGCUAUGCUUCCCUGCGAGACAAUCGGCUCACCCCAGCCUACCGUCAAAUGGCUGGUCAACAGCAAACCCAUACCCCUAUACGACCCCCGAUUUGUUGUACUCGACUCCGGGGCCCUUCAAAUCGAUGACCUCCAGAAGACCGACUCCGGGAUCUACACGUGUAUAGCCUCGAGCGAGAGCGGCGAGACCUCUUGGAGCGCAUCCCUGGCCAUUGAAUCUCCGCGUAAUCCCAACAUAAUGUUUCACCGGAUGCCAGACCCGACCACAUUCCCGGGGCCGCCACAGAAGCCGUCGAUCGUGAAUAUGACGGAGACAUCGGUGACGAUAACAUGGCGUCGACUCGGAAGAGCCGGUUCCUCGCCGUUCAUCGGCUCCACCGUCGAGUACUACAGCCCUGAACUGCAGAGCGGUUGGAAAGUGGCCGCCACUCGAGUGAUGGCCGACACCUACACUGUCCACGACCUGCAGUCGGAAUCGCGUUACGUGUUUUACGUGAGAUCCGAGAACAGCCACGGGUUAGGCCCACCCAGUCCCAUAUCGGACGAGAUCCGUACGAUGGGCUCGUCAUCGUCGCAGCACUUGCCUGAGUACGACUUGGAUGAGGCGCGGGUGCGGCUCAGCAGCUGCUCCAUUGAGCUCAAGGAUGUCCGCGCCAUCAGCUCGACGGCCGUCAAACUCUAUUGGGAUAUUCAGGGCAGUCAGGAGUUCGUCGAAGGCUUUUACGUCAGAUACCGAGAUAUGAGUGCCGGACCCGCGGCCCAGAAGUACAAUAUGGUUACAGUUGUCAACUCUGGUAGCUCUUCGUACCUGUUGUCAGACCUCCGAAAGUAUACGAGAUUUGAGUUCUUUUUGGUUCCCUAUUACAAGAACGUCGAGGGAAAGCCUAGUAAUACCCGUACAGUCAUGACUUUCGAGGACAUGCCUUCCGCGGCGCCCGAGAAGCUGGCCGUCAAAGUGGUGAACCUGACGACAGCCACCAUCGAGUGGGCGCCUCCAGCACCGGAACACCGCAACGGAAAUCUAUUGGGAUAUAGUGUUCACAUUCAGGGAAACACAUCAGUCCUCCACUCAAACAUAACCGUCAACUCAUCCAUCAAUUCCAUUGUUUUACACAACUUGACUACCGGUGCUGUCUAUAGUGUGCGGGCGCUGGCGUUCACGACAGUUGGCGCCGGCCCUCUCAGCGCACCCGUAGCCCUGCGUAUGGAUCCGAAUCUGUUGUACUCGAAGCUAGAAGACGGUCCGUCGGCCAACUCGUUGGACACGACAUACUUGGGUGGCAUCACAAUGACCUGGUUUUACGCCAUUUUGGUGGCGCUGUUACUCAUCUUUGGAUCCAUUGUUGCGGUGAUAAUCAUAAUGAAGAAGCGAAUCGCGUGGAAGAAAACAAUCGGCGCUCAUCUGACGGUCCCGUUGAACAAGAAUGAAGAGAUCGGUAGGGGUGGCUUCAAUGGGAACGCCAGGGAAGCCCUUUGGAUCAAUCAUGGCUGGAGACCGUCCGAUAAGGACAACAAUCAGACCAAACUGUUGGGCAACUGUCCGCCCAAUGAUGUGAACGGCUAUUCCAGCGCUUUCGUGGGCGACGGCUAUUGCAGUGUCAACGCACCCGACUAUGCGGAGGUGGACACCCAUAACCUGUCCACUUUCUACAAGAAGGAGGCCUUCCCGCAGUCAGUGCCGGCCCCGUACGCCACCACUACUCUGAUCAACGCGGGCCACAAGAAUGGCUCCGUUAGAGACCAUAAGAGUAGCGGAUCCGAAGAAAUGGGUAGCAGAAAGUCAGACAAACCGAUGCCUUUUGAGUUCAAUGGAGACGACGGCGCGAUGGAGCGCCUCCUCAACGAACAGUCCAUCAAAAGUCCGAGCGAUUCGGGCAGUUAUACGACCGAUGAGUACGGAAUGCCUGUCAGGAAAAUCAAAACCCAUAAACACCGGCAACCGAACCACCCGUUCAGACCUAAUCCCAUGCAUAUGAAUGGAAACGGAACUCAGGGCUCGAAAGGACCCGGAAUCAACUGGAAUGAUCUGAUACCACCACCCCCUGAGAACCCUCCCAGUGAGUGCGGUACACCUCCCGACACACCUCUCUUGAACUGCAAUGUCAGACAACACAACCCGAACCGUUUGAUUAGAGUUCAGCUCCCAUCGAUGGCAUACAUACAUUCUGGUGGAUCCAACUCCGGCCGAUCGCCACUAAUCACGCGAAGCUAUCAGCCCUCGCCGGCCAACAGUCGACACAGUCUUUCAUCGCCCAAAAGCACACUCACGAGGAAUAAGAAAGUCGGAGACAUUAUGUCCAACUCUGGCGACGCCUCUCUCAUGUCACACCAGAAUCGGACACAAAUACCGCAGUUUCUGCAGAAACUCCGAAAUCAGAGCCAAGCGAUUGAAAAGCAUUACGAGUCGUCAAACGUGACGAAUAUCAUCGCCAAUCCGAUGGACCGACAGAUGCAGUCGUCGUUGCCGUCGCUCAUGGAUGAGAGCCAACAGCAGUCGGCGGCGAACAGGAAUCAAGUGAUGGUCGGCUCGUAUCAGAGGCUGGAAAUGGAUGCGGACGUCGAUUGCCUCAGACGUGAUAUUAUGAGCCGAAAGACGAGUAAUGGUCGCCAUUCCCCUCAGUCCAGUAUCGGCGGCGACACAGACUAUGCACGCGAUGGCGACCGCGAGGCCAGCGAUGGCGGCACGAGUCAUAGCGACGGCGAGGGCCGGGAGGUCUACGACCACGAGAACGCCUUCUACGCGCAGACAGAUCUGGCCGACUGUAUGGCCCGAGCCGUGCAAAGCGCCGGCGGAUUCACAUUCAAUGAGCAAUCGUUUGUCAUCGAACCGCAACUCAUGAGUAAUAAUAACAACAAUAACAUGAAUAAGAAGUUCCGAUCGCAUCAGAGGGCACAGAUGGCCAACUUUAGGCCUACCAGUCCCUAUAGCACCGAUAGCAAUAUGAGUACAGCGCUGCCCAUUCAGGCCCGACACCCGCCGAAGUUUCGCCGGCGACACGGCAGCGACCGUAUGGCCGACAAUCAGCUACUGUCCCCCUCUUCGUGCUCAGAGCACGAGCCCUCUUACGAGAUAAUUGACUCCGAUUUCAACAAUCAUUUGCAGCAAAAGCCAACUAUAGUUCCUAACGCUAUGCAUACUAACUCACAUGACAUGUCAUCAAAUUAUAUCACAUAUAAUAAGCCGCUGUUUCAGGAGACAAACAAACAGAUGAUGGGCACCGAUACCAACAAAAGUCAAAUAUCUUCUCCCACUUCAAGCAAAGACUCGUUUAAUUUAAGAUCAUUUGCGAUGCGAUUGGAUGCCAGAGAUGUCUGUAUUUGA